GUGCGGGCGUCGCGUGAGUGUCCGGGCACGUAGGGAUCCCGCCGGGACAUCGGGCCGGGUACGGUGCUAAAAGAGGGAAAAAAGGAGCCUGCUCCUCCUCCGCGAGCUGAGGGAGUGAGGGAGAAAGAGUGAGAGAGAGAGAGAGAAGUGUAUGUGUGCGCGCUUGUUGUGUGUGUGUGUGUGUGUGUGUGCGAAGCGGGGAGAUAGGUAGGCGAAGGAGAGCGAGAACGGGUCGCGCGAGGAGACUUCGAGGGAGUGUCAUGCGUCGCGAAUCUCGUCCGCACGGCAUCACCGCGCUCUGAAGGCUCGCGACGGUUAUCUCGUAUCCGCGUCGUUCGUGCGCAUUCUACGUGACUCGUGCUAGUCUACGUCGUCGUCCUCUUCGUCUUAUCGUCGCAGCCGCUGUCGCGAAGCUCAGCAAUCCGCACGACGGAUCUUUUGGAAUGCUUUCGGGCUCUACCUGACACUACGUGGCCGUUUAGUUCAAGACGCUGAAAGAAAGACUAAAAACAUGGGAUGCAAUGCGGGCCGAUGCCUCGGUCCAGACGAUACGGGGUACCCUGGAUCAGGAUUCAUGGCAGCCAUCAGGAAGAAAUUGGUUAUCGUGGGUGACGGUGCUUGCGGAAAAACAUGUCUUCUCAUAGUAUUCAGCAAAGACCAAUUUCCUGAAGUAUAUGUACCCACGGUAUUCGAGAAUUAUGUUGCAGACAUCGAAGUGGAUGGUAAACAGGUGGAACUGGCUCUUUGGGACACAGCUGGACAAGAAGAUUAUGAUAGGUUGCGUCCGUUGUCGUAUCCAGACACGGACGUCAUCUUAAUGUGCUUUUCCAUCGACAGUCCCGAUUCCCUGGAGAACAUUCCCGAGAAGUGGACACCAGAAGUAAAGCACUUCUGUCCGAAUGUGCCCAUUAUCCUUGUGGGUAAUAAAAAAGACUUGCGUAAUGAUCCUAAUACCAUCAAGGAGUUGAGUAAGAUGAAACAGGAACCCGUUAAGCCCGAGGAGGGUAGAGCCAUGGCGGAAAAGAUCAACGCUUUUGCCUACCUUGAAUGUUCUGCUAAAAGCAAGGAAGGUGUAAGGGAAGUCUUUGAAACGGCAACCCGAGCUGCGUUACAAGUAAAGAAGAAGAAGAAGGGCAGAUGUAGGCUCCUUUAAGAUGUUUAUCCCAAGUAAACCCGAUGUAACACGGGCGAAAUAAAGGAAUUGCGGAACUAGCUGCAACAAAGCUAGUCGUAAUGUCGCAGAUCCCGCGGAAACCAUCUUUAAUUAUUUUACAUAAUAAAAUAUACAACAACAAAAAAAAUGAAAAAAGGUGCAACCGCGUCAAACCAGAACAUUAUUAUUAAUAUUAAUAUUAUUAAUAUUAUUAUAAUUAUUAUUAUAUGCAUUCUACAUCUUUUUUUUUUUUUUUAUCGUAGUAGCUCUUUAUUUUGGUAAUAAACAAAAUGAAAGAAAAAUCGAUCGAGUUGAGAAAAAAUAUAGAUAAGAAACGGAGAAUACAAAACAGUGUAACACACGAAACGCAAUUAAAAAACAAUGUAGGAAUCCAAAAAGGCGAUUUGAGAAUUCUGAAUUUUUUUUGCAUCAAAGUUUUAUUAAAAUCGUCGCGUUAUUGGCUCGUGAACGAAAAAAAAAGAGAAGAGUAACGGACAUUUAUUAUAUUAUAAACGCGCAUAGAUAGACCAGAGCAGGUAACUUUACUCUUUAAGAUACCAAUUAGAUUAAAUGUGUGUAUUAUUAUAUAUUUUAUUAUUAUUAUUUGAGUUAUAUUGUAUCACGGUGACACACUAACACAACGGAUUAUAACAGCGGCUAUAUAAUAUAUUUAUAUAUUUCGGGGAACGCGUUUUCUUUGUGUCUGACCACGCCGUAACUGGAUUUGCGGCUUGCGCAUUUUUUUAUACAUAUGCAUACGCCAUUGAUAUCUUUAGCGUAUAAUGUACUCUUAAUCGGAGAUUAUCGGUCGUACAUAAUUAUCUCGUAACGAUAUGUCCCGAAUUGAUUUUACCGUGUGUGCCACAAUUAUAUUGAGUCAAGCUUACUUCGCGAAAUUGACACAGAUUUCCAACCUUGUUGUUUUCGCCACAAGUUCUUCCUGUUUCGCUUGUGCUACUCUUUACGUCGAAGUGAAAAAAAAAUUGAUGUGUUACUCGUCCUCUUGUGUAGAGAUCCGUCUAAUCUGUGUAAGAUUCAUAAUAAAAAUUGUGUUACAAAGACGUGAUGUUGAAUUAACGGCCGCGUAACGCUUCUCUCGGCCACUAGUUCAACGUUACUUGACUGCGGAAUUGUGUUCACUAAGUUCUCUCUUUGUUUCUCUCGAACGCGCGUUUAGCGGUAGUAUAGAGAUCUUGUUAUAUUACACGCUUUUAACUGGAACUUUUCAAAAUCGCGUAAUAGAAAAAGAAAAAAAAGAAGCUUAGCGACGAAAACUUAAGAUACUUCCGCCACGAGCGAACGCGCGCAUGAUGGAUUCGUGGAAAGCAAAGAAAAAAGGAAAAACAGAUGGCAAGAAGAGAGAAAGGGAGAUGUAUAUUAAGCAAUUAAGCGUGCCUGUGAAUUAAUGAGUGCUUUGGGAAACACUCGGAUAUACGCUCUCCACUCCUCCUGUGCAAGUUCGCGCGUCGCUCGAAAGUGUUCUUUUUAUAAUGAGUUUCGUGGAUAUAUACCGCGCGUUAUAUAAAUAUAUAUAUACAUACAUUACUUAUAUAAUUGUAUCAAUUAUGCACCCGAUAUUGUAUAUACAUAUGAUAUAAACUCUUUACCGUUCUCUCAUAAUAGACACGCGCGUCGAUCGAGAUUCGAAUACCAUUUUUCCAGAACAUAUAUAUAUAUAUAUAUAUAUAUAUAUAUAUAUAUAUAUAUAUAUAUAUAUAAACAUAUAUAUACACAUACACACUUUACUCUUGCAUGGCAUAAACAGAGAGCAAUAAGCAAAAGUUACGAGAAUGAUCCUGAUCGUUUAGAUAGAUGCGAGUUCUCCAACAUUAUAAAAUAUGAUAAAUACGUAUUUGCAUACACAAUAUGAAUGAGUCGCGUUUUACUUCUUCGAUUGAAGCUAACGCUGAAAAGAAUACGCAUGUAUCUUGUAUCCCCGUACACGUACAUACACACGACACAUACAAAUGAAAUACUUUUUCUUAAUGGGCCCCGUGAAAAGCUCGAGUUAUCGAUAACGCGGUUUUAAUCGCCGUAAGUUAACUAUCUUCUUCACAUAAGUAGACAUAUUUUGAGACUCGAACGUGAUUAAUGGGGUUUGUAUACGCGAAGAAAACAAAAAAAAAGAUUUAUCAGCAGUUCCGAUGAAUAAACCAAUUUUUUAUCAUCAAAGAAAAGAGAUCGUCGAUCUUGACUUCCGAAAAAUUUCUACCAAUUCACAUACACUCUCCUCCCUCUUUCUCUCUACAACUACUAACUAGCUUUUGUAUGUAACUUCUGUAUUGUAUGAUUAACCUAUGAACGCUAUAACAAAUUGUAACUAACAAUAAACAUUUCUUAUGAAGAUGUAUAA